AUGGCUAUGGUGACAAUGCACACUGUGCAGUCGAACAGAAACAUUAGCAUGCAAUGGGUCACAAGACAAAUGUGUUUAAGAGAGCCUGACACAGCUAAUUUGUAAGUUGUAUAAAUUUUUGGAUCACUCUUUGAAGCAGAAACAAGAAGAAUUUCAAUUUUGUUAGCCUUUGUAAAUAGCAAAAUUUAGUGCAAAGUGUAAUGUUAUCGUAUGGAAUUUUACUUUCAAAAGACUAAUUGUGGCAGUUUUGUAAUAUUAGUAAAUUAAGAAGAAGUCUAGACAGCGAGAAAUGAAGACCCCAAGAACAAGAAAUACUUUAUUUAGGAUCAUAAAUAGAAAUUUGGAAUGCAACGGAUUUAAGCACCCUAUCUUAAUACUUUGAAGAGUUAUUUGAACAUCAACUUUUGCUUGGAAAAGAACAACAUUUGUCCCAUCCAAUAUCAAAACAUCACCUAAGAUGUAUCUUAUUAAGUGGAGCAGUUUCUUCCUGUAAUUCUAGCUGAUGUAUAAAGGUAUGCAUCACAAAAUCCUCUAUUAUUUUAAUCAGAUUACAGUUUUUACACAACACUAUCCAGUUUUCAGGAAAUCAUUCAACUUGAUCUUAGUGGCUCUCAAUUUUUAUUUAAAAAUUGCUUUCUUCCAAUGAAACUAGACUCUCGAUUCACCAUCGGUUGA